CCUCUCCUACCUUCCCUCACUCUUCAACUUGUCAGUUAAUUUUUUAGUGUCUGCAUUUGACUGAUCCAAUCCUGCUAAGAGGUUGAAGUUCACACUGAUACAAACUCUGUGGGCAUCAAACUUGAUGCUUACAGUUGACAUUUUGUAGUGGUUUUUUCUCCCCUUUCCACAGAGAUGUAGGUUGCGAAAGAGGGAGCAAGUAAGCGUGUGUGCUUAUAGUUGAACGGUAUUUUGUAAAUAUUUCCUGAAAGCUUGUGAAAUUUCUCACAUGUUCUUGAUUUCCCUUCAAGUCUGCAGAGUAGGCAUAAGAAAUAUCAUCCAGUCUAGCUCUGAAUUCAGAAGCGAGUAAAUAGCCAUCAGUUUUACAAGCUUUGUGUAGAUGCCAAAGCCUGGUGGCCAAGGGUGAUAUGCUGAGACUUUUGAAGACAGACCGAUACAUAAGCCGCAUUUCUAACCAUAUGCUUUCUUACAGUUUUUAGGUCUGGUCACAGCUUUUUCCUUGAAAAUUACUUCCCCUGAGAUAAGAUUUCCCAUUAAAUGGCUCUGGCAUAUUUAUACAUGCUCUGAAGUUUCUGGUUAACCAACUCGUUAGUUCUUUGGUGAUUUUGAGAAUAUAAGUCUGUCAGUCUGUGUGUGUUUAUGUUCACAGAUGUGCCAAUGAUUUAUAAAUGGGAUUAAUUGUAAAUUUAACUCAUUUAGGAAAUGGUUGAGGACCCAGGUACUUCUGUAUUUUAGCCUUGUUUAGUCGCACUGGAAGAGCUCUUUGACCCUGCCAGAGAUUAGUUUUAGUACCAGUUAUGAGAUAAGCUUAACUACUUCUUAAAUAUAAGCAUGUUAAAGCUCUCUGCAAGAGAUUUGUUGUGGGGAGAGAAUACAGCAGGUCUUAAAUUUUUAUGUUUAUCUUGCUGUUACUAAGUUAAUUGAGUGAUAUAAUUUAGACCUUUUUUUCCUGUUCUUUCAACUUUUGGAAAACUCAAAGAUUAUUAAAUCUUUGAAGUUUAAGUGUGCUUAUUUUUAACCAUUAAAAAAUCACUAUACCAGUCAGAUUCAUACUCAGUAUACGGUGGUAUGGGAAGCAACCGUAAUCCUGGAUCACAAGUGAUAAGGCCACUGCUUGGAAAUAGCACCGUUCUGAGAGCAACAAAGCUGUUUCCAUUUUCAAAGCCCAUUUUCCCAGUCCUCUGAUCAGAGUAAACCUGCAUUUGACUAUGUGAAUGUCCUCAUUUAUUUUUUAGUACUCAGUAGUAAUUUUGCAUUAUCAAUGCUCACAAUUGCAAUUGUGAGCAGUAGCAACCUUUUCUCCUUUCUCUUUUGGAUCUUGCUGUUUGACUUACAGAACAGUCAGCUGAUUUCAGUAACAUACUCCAUUCAGUAAUUUAUUUUUUGCAGAAUGACGAGGGACUCACCAUUCAUAACAUGAUGAAUGCUGAGAAGACUUAGCUUGAAAAGCAAAAAGGAUAGAUUGAUUCAUAUAUAGAUGUCUUAGAUCAUCCUGUGGGGUCGAACUGAGAAAUGCCUGAAGGAUACCACAGAGGAAAUCAGGAUGAUGGGGACGGAAUGCUAUUAUUUCAUUUGUGAUGUAGGAAAUCGAGAGGAGGUCUAUCAGCAAGCCAAAGCUGUGAGGGAAAAGGUGGGUGAUAUCACUAUCCUGGUGAACAAUGCUGCUGUGGUCCAUGGUAAGAGUCUGAUGGACAGCGAUGAUGAUGCACUGCUCAAAUCACAACAUAUAAACACCCUGGGACAGUUCUGGACCACCAAAGCAUUCCUGCCAAGGAUGCUGGAGUUGCAGAAUGGACACAUUGUUUGCCUGAACUCUGUCCUGGCCUUGUCAGCCAUCCCUGGUGCCAUUGACUAUUGCACCUCCAAAGCCUCGUCCUUUGCCUUUAUGGAGAGCCUGACCUUGGGGCUGCUAGACUGUCCUGGAGUGAAUGCCACAACAGUCCUGCCCUUCCACACGAGCACAGAGAUGUUUCAGGGCAUGAGAAUCAGGUUCCCUAAUCUUUUUCCUCCUCUCAAGCCAGAGACAGUGGCUAGGAGGACCGUAGAAGCUGUUCAGAUGAAUCAAGCCUUCCUGCUCCUUCCAUGGACAAUGCAUGUUCUUGUCAUCCUAAAAAGCAUUCUCCCUCAGGCAGCACUUGAAGAAAUCCACAAGUUUUCUGGAAGCUACACUUGCAUGAACACUUUUAAAGGACGAACAUAGACUUGAUGAUGGUGCAAGGACUAUUCUUCAGUGAAACCAACACAAGCAUGAAAAUCCUGACAAGACUGUGAAUCAGCAGGCUUGGCUUUUAGCCUGUUCAUGUGACUUGCACUGCUCUGAGGCAACACAUUUCUUGCAGGUCAUAUCCAUAGUAACAUGACCUUUGCACAGGAUUGAAUGACUAGACUAUGGACUCUUGGAAAGAAAAACAAAAAGUGUGAAAUGUUUAUAUGAUGUUUAAUUCUUUAGAGUUCAAUUGUUAAAUCUACUCAUAGUUUUAAGAUGUAAUUUUUGUUUCUAAAGUGUCUGUAGGCUGUUUCAGCUGAGAGGCAGCACAUUACACCCCAUACAUGCUUUAUUCCCUCUCUUCAGAGGAAUGCAAUUACAAACUGCUACUGGUUUCAUUUCAUCUUUUUGAAUGGGGAACUCAAAAAAUACUUUGAAGAACUAAAAGUUAUGGACAUUUAAUGGAAGCUUCCUUCCCUUUCUUCACUUUACAUCCCUUGAUGAAGCUGUUCCCAACUCACAUCAGGGAAGGAGCAACUGUGGAGAAGCGUUUUCUUUGUUAAAGGCCACCCAGGACUUCUGUCUGGAAGGACUGUGCUAGGCCCAAGAAAGCUGUCUUACUUCACCUGUGAAGUCUGGAGAGGAAUGCUCAGUCAGAAGAGCAGACAGUUUGAAUAGUGGAAGAUUGUUUCUGUCACUGAACUCAUAUAUGAAAUUUAAUUGUCUUUCUGAGUAUUUUUGUUCAUUUAUGAUAAAAUAUAUAUAUAUAUUUUCAGCAUUAAUCCCAGAUUGCCACGCAUGUAGGCAGCAUCACACUGGGGACGAACUAAAUCUAGAACUAAAACUAGAGCCUGCUUGUACAAACAUACAUUCACUGACAUAAUCCAUGCAGAGAAAAUCCAUUGUAUCAAUCUGCACAGUGAAGUAAGUGGAAUAAUGCUCUAAAAAUAGAAGACACAGUACUGUAGUGCUCAUGAAAUGUGAAGUUUGGAAGCACAGUUAGCAAAGACCUGAUUAAAUGCACGUUGAAUUCAA